GGCCGGUCAGCCCCUGGCCUCGCCCCCGCGGGAGAGCCGCCUGGAGUCGGCGGGGGCUGGCCAGGCCCACGGGGAGGCCGGCCCGCUCCCCCUGAGCUACAGACACCAGGGCGCUCACCAUGGCCCCGCCACUCCUGCUGCUGCUGCUGGCCAGUGGAGCGGCCGCCUGCCCACUGCCCUGUGUCUGCCAGAACCUGUCCGAAUCACUCAGCACCCUCUGUGCCCACCGAGGCCUGCUGUUCGUGCCACCCAACGUGGACCGCCGCACCGUGGAGCUGCGGCUGGCUGACAACUUCAUCCAGGCCUUGGGGCCACCGGACUUCCGGAACAUGACAGGGCUGGUGGACCUGACGCUUUCCCGGAAUGCCAUCACCCGCAUUGGGGCCCGCGCUUUUGGGGACCUGGAGAGCCUACGUUCCCUGCAUCUGGACGGGAACAGGUUGGUUGAGCUGGGCACCGGCAGCCUGCGGGGCCCCGUCAACCUGCAGCACCUCAUCCUCAGUGGCAACCAGCUGGGCCGAAUCUCGCCCGGGGCCUUCGACGACUUCCUGGACAGCCUGGAGGACCUCGACUUGUCCUACAACAACCUGCGGCAGGUGCCCUGGGCCGGCAUCGGUGCCAUGCCUGCCCUGCACACGCUCAACCUGGACCACAACCUCAUCGACGCACUGCCCCCGGGCGCCUUCGCCCAGCUCAGCCAGCUCUCCCGUCUCGACCUCACCUCCAACCGCCUGGCCACGCUGGCACCAGACCCGCUCUUUUCCCGGGGGCGCGACGCGGAGGCCUCACCCGCCCCCCUGGUGCUGAGCUUCAGCGGGAACCCCCUGCACUGCAACUGCGAGCUGCUGUGGCUGCGGAGGCUGGCCCGGCCCGACGACCUGGAGACGUGCGCCUCCCCUCCAGGCCUGGCCGGCCGCUACUUCUGGGCAGUGCCCGAGGGCGAGUUCUCCUGCGAGCCGCCCCUCAUCGCCCGCCACACGCAGCGCCUCUGGGUGCUGGAGGGCCAGCGGGCCACUCUGAGAUGCCGGGCCCUCGGUGACCCUGCGCCCACCAUGCACUGGGUCGGCCCUGAUGACCGCCUGGUUGGCAACUCCUCCCGAGCCCGGGCUUUCCCCAACGGGACCCUGGAGAUCGGGGUGACGGGCUCUGGGGACGCAGGGGGCUACACCUGCAUUGCCACCAACCCUGCCGGGGAGGCCACAGCCCGUGUGGAGCUACGGGUGCUGGCCUUGCCCCACGGCGGGAACGGCAGUGCUGAGGGGGGCCGCCCAGGGCCCUCGGACAUUGCCGCCUCGGCCCGCACUGCUGCCGAGGGCGAGGGGACACUGGAGUCUGAGCCAGCUGUGCAGGUGACAGAGGUGACUGCAACCUCAGGGCUGGUGAGCUGGGGGCCAGGGCGGCCAGCCGACCCUGUGUGGAUGUUCCAAAUCCAGUAUAACAGCAGUGAAGAUGAGACCCUCAUCUACCGGAUUGUCCCGGCCUCCAGCCACCACUUCCUGCUGAAGCACCUAGUCCCUGGUGCCGACUAUGACCUCUGCCUGCUGGCCCUGUCACCUGCCGCUGGGCCUUCCGACCUCACAGCCACCCGGCUGCUGGGCUGUGCCCGUUUCUCCACGCUACCGGCUGCGCCCCUGUGCCACGCCCUGCAGGCCCACGUGCUGGGCGGGACCCUGACCGUGGCCGUGGGGGGUGUGCUGGUGGCUGCCUUACUGGUCUUCACCGUGGCCUUGCUGGUUCGGGGCCGGGGGGCCGGGAAUGGCCGCCUCCCCCUCAAGCUUAGCCACGUCCAAUCCCAGACCAAUGGAGGCCCCAGCCCCACGCCCAAGGCCCACCCGCCGCGGAGCCCACCGCCUCGGCCCCAGCGCAGCUGCUCCCUGGACCUGGGGGAUGCUGGCGGGUGCUACGGUUACGCCAGGCGCCUCGGAGGAGCCUGGGCCCGACGGAGCCACUCUGUGCAUGGGGGGCUGCUCGGGGCAGGGUGCCGGGGGGUGGGGGGCAGCACGGAGCAGCUGGAAGAGAGUGUGGUGUGA